UCUGCUGGGAUAGAUAAAAUAGUCGAGCUUGCCAUGAAAAAGCGUGUGAAAUGCAGGGAGGAAGAACUGCGCUUGCUGCUGGAAGCCUCUGAAAUGGAUGCAGGAAGACUUCGAACACGUCAUAUACAGACUGUGGCAGUGCUUGAGAUUCUGACCCAGAAUGUCCGAGAAUGUGCAGCGGUACACAUUCUAUUUGUACAAGAAGGAGGAAAUGUCCCGGUAAUGCCAUGCGUUCAAUACAAUGGUCCAGACCUCACAUAUGCAAGCAACCUCCUCCUUCAUGUGGACCGUGAAGUGCUCUUUAGUGUCUCAAAUGCAGAAGAAGGCAUAGCUGCGUUGGUGGCCGCACACUGGUUGCUCAACAUCGAGUACCCACAUAAAGCCUUCAACAUUCUUGUGGCAAUGGAGUGGCUCCUCCUCGGUCAGCGUGUCGCCACACCAAGGAUGCCAGUCGUCAAACUUCUAAACACCUUUAAGAAAUCUUAAUUUUUUAUUUGAUUUUCACAGUUGGCCUUCAAUCGUGACAUUUUUGGACUUUCUAGCACCUUUGACUUGUUUUAUUUGUCUAGUCUUAGUGUUAUCCUAUCCCCUUUUGUGGGGAUGUGCCAUAGUAUCGAAGUCAUCAUCCAAAUCAACAUGCAUACACGCCGCUUGACCGAUCCCCUACACUGGCAGCCAGUGUAGUUGCAAUAUUUUGCUACAACUUCAGUUGAGCUGAGUGUAUGACUUUAUUAUUACUAGUUUUCAUGCUGAAGUGUUGUGCAGUGUUCACUAGUCAUUACUAGUCAUGUUUUGUUAACAUAAAUGGGUCAGACUAGUUCUUACCUGGUAGUUUAGUUUUAUACUUUGUCAUAAGCUGCGUUGUUGUUAUGAAAAUAUUUUGCGACUGGUUUGUAGUGAGCUUAUUUAAAUAAAAACUGUUUCUACUUAAAAUUUAAUUAAGCCU